UCUAUGGAACAAAGGAGCAAUGUAACUGAGUUUAUCCUUGUAGGACUCACUCAGAGCCCCCAGGGUCAGAAAGUAUUGUUUGUGGUGUUCUUGCUCAUCUACAUUGUAACAAUGGUGGGCAACCUACUCAUUGUCAUGACUGUGGUGAUCAGUCCAACCCUGGAUGCCCCUAUGUACUUCUUUCUUGGCUACUUAUCAUUUAUGGAUGCUGUUUACUCUACUACGAUCACUCCAAAUAUGAUUAUAGACUUAGUGUGUGAGAAGAAAACCAUUUCUUUUGAAGCUUGCAUGGCUCAGCUUUUUAUAGAGCACUUAUUUGGUGGUGCUGAGAUUUUACUCCUGGUGGUCAUGGCCUAUGACCGCUACGUGGCCAUCUGCAAACCCUUGCAUAAUCUGACAAUCAUGAAUCAGCGGCUGUGUGUUCUGCUGCUGCUGUUGGCCUGGGUUGGUGGGUUUUUGCAUGCUGUAAUUCAACUACUCUUAGCUUACAACCUUCCCUUCUGUGGCCCCAAUAUCAUUGACCACUUUAUGUGUGACAUGUACCCUUUGUUAAAACUGGCCUGCACUGACACCUACAUUAUUGGCCUUAUUGUGGUUUUCAAUGAUGGAGCAAUCUGUGUGGUCAUCUUUACUUUCUUACUUAUCUCCUAUGGGGUCAUUCUGCACUCUCUGAAGAAUCUUAGCCAGGAAGGGAGACGCAAAGCCUUAUCCACCUGUGGCUCCCACGUUACUGUGGUGCUCCUCUUUUUUGUGCCCUGUACUUUUAUGUAUGUGACACCUCCUUCCACCUUACCAAUUGACAAAUCUUUGGCUGUGUUUUACACCAUUAUGACCCCUAUGUUGAACCCUCUAAUCUAUACUCUGAGAAAUGGAGAGAUGCAAAAUGCCAUGAAAAAGUUCUGGAUCAGAAAACAAAAAUAA